CUUCAAUAGUUUGAAUGUAAUAAAACAUCAACUAACGAAGGACCUGAAUCUGAAUUUCGAUUUCCAACCGAUCAACAAAGAUUUGUACAACUAUGUCUUCUCAAAAGAAGUUUCACAUUGCCAUGUUUCCUUGGUUCGCCGUCGGCCACAUGACUCCGUACCUCCACCUCUCGAACCGACUCGCCGAGAGGGGACAUACGAUCACUUUCUUGCUGCCCAACAAGGCUCAAAGCUUGCUCGAACCUCUCAAUUCGCAUCCUCAACUCAUCACGUUCCGCCCCCUCACCAUACCCCACGUGGACGGACUCCCUCCCGGGGCUGAGACCGCCUCCGACAUCCCCAUCUCGUCUGUUUCCCACCUCGCGACAGCGAUGGAUCUGACCCGCGGCCAGGUCGAAACAAUUGUGGCUGCAGCGAGGCCCGACUUUAUCUUUUACGACACAGCGUACUGGGUCCCAGAGAUUGCUGGGCUGCUCGGGGUCAAAACCGUGUGCUACAAUGCCGUAUGCGCUGCUGCAAUCGCGAUUGCCCUUGUGCCGGCACGGAAGGUGAGGGACGACCGACCGCUCACCAAGGAGGAGCUGGCGGAGCCCCCACCGGGGUACCCGUCUAGGACGGUCGUGCUACGCUCCCAUGAGGCUGGGGCACUGACCUUCAUAUCAAUGCCGUUCGGAGACGGAAUCACUUUCUAUACCAGGACCACGGCCUCGAUGAAGCAGUGUGACGCGAUAGGCAUGAGGACAUGUAGGGAGAUCGAGGGGGCACUGUGCGAUUAUCUCAGCAGCCAGUUCAACAAGCGCGUGCUCUUGACGGGGCCAGUCCUACCCGAACCGUCAAAAACUACUCAGUUAGAGGACCGGUGGGCCACCUGGCUGGGGAAGUUCGGCACGGGCACGGUGCUCUUCUGCGCAUUCGGGAGCCAGCACAUCCUGGAAAAGGACCAGUUCCAGGAACUUCUCCUAGGAUUUGAACAAACAAACAUGCCAUUUCUAGUAGCCCUAAAGCCACCAGUGGGAGCAACAACAAUAGAAGAGGCAUUGCCCCAAGGGUUUGAAGAGAGGACCAAAGGAAGGGGAGUGGUCCAUGGCGGGUGGGUCCCACAGCCCUUGAUUAUAGGGCACCCUUCAGUAGGGUGCUUUGUGAACCAUUGUGGGUUUGGGUCGAUGUGGGAGUCCCUAAUGUGCGACUGCCAAUUGGUGAUGGUCCCACAUUUGGGUGACCAAAUAUUGAACACAAGGCUAUUGACUGAGGAAUUGAAGGUUGGGGUGGAAGUGGAGAGGGAUGAGAAGGGUUGGUUCUCAAAGGACAGCUUGUGCAAAUCCAUCAAGAGUGUCAUGGACAAGGACAGUGAGUUGGGAGCCAUGCUAAGGAAGAAUCAUGCGAAGUGGAAGGAAGUCCUAGGAAGCCCUAACUUCACGAAUGGAUACAUCGACGAGUUUAUCCGAGACCUCGAAGAGCUUCGAAGGUGAUUCGCAUAAUAUAGCACCAUUCUUUGCAUUCUUUGCUUCGAGAAAGUUGUACUUUUGCAUCACCAAUGAGAAAUUACUUUUGUUGCUUUAAGU